AUGGGUAAUUGGGUGACCCCAAGGCUACCACACUCCUCUGUGCCUAAUAGAGUGACACCAAGACCAGCACAGCCAUCUGUGGUGACUAGGAGGUCCCCAAGCCGAGGACACCCAUCAAGGACCUUUACAGUGGCCUCAGACCAAGGUCACCUAUCAAUGGCUAACUGGGGGUCCCAAAACCUAGCCCAGCCAUCUAUGGACAGUGGGGAGCCCUCAAGCCUAGCCCAGCCAUCUCAAGCCCCUGGGGUAACCUCAAACCUGGCCCAGCCAUCUCAAGCCUUUGGGGUGUCUCCAAGUCCAGACUACCCAUCUCAGUCUGUUGGGGAGUACUCAAUGCUGGCUCAGCCAUUUCAGCCCACUGAGGCGUCCCCAAGUCCAACCUACCCAUCUCAGGCCAUUAGGGAGUACCCAACCCUGGCCCAGCCAUUUCAGCCCACUGAGGUAUCUCCACGCCCAGCCCACCCGUAUCAGCUCACUGAGGUGUCCCCAAGUGCAGCCUACUCAUAUCAGCCCAGUGAGGUGUCCCCAAACCCAGGCUACCUAUCUAUGGCCAUUGAGAUGUCCCCAAGCCCAGGAUACCCAUCUGUGGCCACUGAGGUGUCCCCAAGCCCAACCUACCCAUAUCAGCCCACUGAGAUAUCCCCAAGCUCAGGCUACCUAUCUGUGGCCACUGAAGUGUCCCCAAGCCCAGGCUACCCAUCUCAGCCCACUGAGGUGUCCCCAAGCUCAGGCUACCUAUCUGUGGCCACUGAAGUGUCCCCAAGCCCAGACUACUCAUCUCAGCCCACUGAGGUGUCCCCAAGCUCAGGCUACCUAUCUAUGGCCACUGAGGUGUCCCCAAGCCCCGGCUACCCAUUUCAGCCCACUGAGGUGUCCCCAAGCCCAGACUAUCCAUGCGUGGCCACUGGGGAGUCCCCUAGCCUUGCCCAGCCAUCUCAGCCCACUGAGGUGUCCCCAAGCUCAGCCUACCCAUCUGUGGUCACUGGGGAGUCUCCAAGCCUGGCCCAGUCAUAG